AUGCCGCCCACAAAGGAUAUAUUGUCUUUGCUCGACUCUGUUGCAAACGUUAGGAAUGCCUAUGAGAAUGAUGAAGCCGGUAGUCGAGACACCCUUGUUGAACUAACGCUGGCCCUUCUGGGAAAGCUCGAAAUCCCCAGUGAAUUCCUACAGAGGACAUUCUGGGCCGAGCCAUGCAAAUCAGGAAUCAUUCGACUUUGCGUCGAGACCAAGAUCUUUCAAUACCUUAGGGAUGCACCGCAAGGCCUCACGACUGCAGAGUUGGCUGAGAAGACUGGUCGAUCAUGGGACUUGAGUUUACUUCAAAGGUAUCUUAGUCAUAUAUCUGCCAUGCACGUCCUCACUCUAUCGCAAGGGAAGUGGCAGAGUACGCCCUUGAGCAAUGGCCUUGCAGAGCAGAACUACCAGAGUAGUAUUGAGUUCUGUUAUGAUAGUGGCAUGCCGUCGUUUUUCAAAUUCCCAGAGUGGACCAAAAGCACAGGAUAUCAGGGUCCCAAAACCGACACUGACGGGCCUUUUCAAUACGCCUGGGACUCGAAAAUACCCUUCUUCCCGUGGCUUCAAGAACAUCCACCAAAUCUGGCAAAUUUUGCUCAGUUCAUGUCGGCCUAUCGCGCAGGCAAACCAAGCUGGUUCGAUUCCGGCUUUUACCCAGUGACUGAGCGCAUCAUUGAAGGAUUUGAUGCAGACUAUAGCGACGUUCUUUUAUGCGACGUUGGUGGCGGCCGCGGGCACGACAUGAUAGAAUUCACCGGGCGGUACCCAUCUCUCCCUGGCAAGAUUAUCCUCCAGGACCAAGAGGCGGUUCUCGCCAGCAUCGAAGUAGCAGAACCCCCCUUUGAGGUGCAGGUCCACGACUUCUUCACCCCACAGCCACUCCGCGCUCGUGCCUACUCGCUGCACUCGAUACUGCACGACUGGGGCGAUGAUGAUGGCGUCCGGAUCCUCGAGAAUCUGCGUCCCGCCCUGCGCCCGGGAUAUUCGCGGGUCCUGCUGUUCGAGAUUGUGGUUGCCGAUGACCGCCCCAGUUUCGCCUCGACCACCAUGGAUAUGCAGAUGCUGGCACAUACCAACGGUGGUGAGCGGACUGAAAAGGACUGGCGAAGACUGAUUGACCGAGCCGGUUUCCGUGUCGUUGAUAUCUAUACAUAUCCCGGCGUCGCGGAAAGUGUCAUCGAAUUGGAUAUUGAUGCGCGUGAGCCGCCACUGGUACAGGACAAAAGAUAA